UUCCAUUUCAACUUAGUAAAAGAACUACUGCCUUCAACGCUUGUCCUGUUGAAGGUGUUGACCCACUUACUGUGGCAAUAAUUCCUGACCCCCUUCGUAGCAACACACCCGCUGAAUUCGAUGUAUCCGGAACAUUAAGCCAUGAUAUCACCUCAGGCACUACUAUUCUUGGAAUUGGUUUUGCAGACGAAGCCAAAAAUCCUUUAGGUGAACCUUACACUCAAACAUUCGACCAAUCAGUUAAAGCUAAAAGCCCAUUUUCGAUAACUGCAAAAAGUGUUCCUGUUCCUGAAUUACCUUCUUCAUAUUUAAUUGGAGUUGUUGUUGGAGAUCCAACCGAUGAUCCAAAAAAUCCAAUAGAUGUUUAUGGCUGUGCGUUUGCUUCUGUUGGUCCUGGUAAAUCUUUAGAUGAUUUUUCUAUUAGUGCUUUAUUUGAUUAA